AUGACGCACCCUUCCUCCACCACGGCUGGGAGAGCAAAAAUAGCAGGACAAUGGUUCGGUUACCGCCAAGGAAAGUGGGAUUCAGUUACCAAGGGUCCGGCGGUCCUCGACCGCACGCGGCGCAGAGUUGCUUCCCGCAACCGGAUUCGCUUUGAAAUAUGCCUGACUGGCACGGAACCCGCGGCGCCGAAUCAGGCCCACGGCGGCGCCGAAUCAGGCCCACGGCGGCGCCGAAUCAGGCCCACGGCGGCGCCGAAUCAGGCCCAAGGUAACCCCGCGGCGCCGAAUCAGGCCCAAGGUAACCCCGCGGCGCCGAAUCAGGCCCAAGGUAACCCCGCGGCGCCGAAUCAGGCCCAAGGUGACCCCGCGGCGCCGAAUCAGGCCCAAGGUGACCCCGCGGCGCCGAAUCAGGCCCAAGGUGACCCCGCGGCGCCGAAUCAGGCCCAAGGUAAUCCCGCGGCGCCGAAUCAGGCCCAAGGUAAUCCCGCGGCGCCGAAUCAGGCCCAAGGUGACCCCGCGGCGCCGAAUCAGGCCCAAGGUGACCCCGCGGCGCCGAAUCAGGCCCAAGGUGAUCCCGCGGCGCCGAAUCAGGCCCAAGGUGAUCCCGCGGCGCCGAAUCAGGCCCAAGGUGAUCCCGCGGCGCCGAAUCAGGCCCAAGGUGAUCCCGCGGCGCCGAAUCAGGCCCAAGGUGAUCCCGCGGCGCCGAAUCAGGCCCAAGGUGAUCCCGCGGCGCCGAAUCAGGCCCAAGGUGAUCCCGCGGCGCCGAAUCAGGCCCAAGGUAAUCCCGCGGCGCCGAAUCAGGCCCAAGGUAAUCCCGCGGCGCCGAAUCAGGCCCAAGGUAAUCCCGCGGCGCCGAAUCAGGCCCAAGGUAAUCCCGCGGCGCCGAAUCAGGCCCAAGGUAAUCCCGCGGCGCCGAAUCAGGCCCAAGGUAAUCCCGCGGCGCCGAAUCAGGCCCAAGGUAAUCCCGCGGCGCCGAAUCAGGCCCAAGGUAAUCCCGCGGCGCCGAAUCAGGCCCAAGGUAAUCCCGCGGCGCCGAAUCAGGCCCAAGGUAAUCCCGCGGCGCCGAAUCAGGCCCAAGGUAAUCCCGCGGCGCCGAAUCAGGCCCAAGGUAAUCCCGCGGCGCCGAAUCAGGCCCAAGGUAAUCCCGCGGCGCCGAAUCAGGCCCAAGGUAAUCCCGCGGCGCCGAAUCAGGCCCAAGGUAAUCCCGCGGCGCCGAAUCAGGCCCAAGGUAAUCCCGCGGCGCCGAAUCAGGCCCAAGGUAAUCCCGCGGCGCCGAAUCAGGCCCAAGGUAAUCCCGCGGCGCCGAAUCAGGCCCAAGGUAAUCCCGCGGCGCCGAAUCAGGCCAAGGCCCAAGGUAAUCCCGCGGCGCCGAAUCAGGCCCAAGGUAAUCCCGCGGCGCCGAAUCAGGCCCAAGGUAAUCCCGCGGCGCCGAAUCAGGCCCAAGGUAAUCCCGCGGCGCCGAAUCAGGCCCAAGGUAACCCCGCGGUGCCGAAUCAGGCCCAAGGUAACCCCGCGGCGCCGAAUCAGGCCCAAGGUAACCCCGCGGCGCCGAAUCAGGCCCACGGAAGUCGUGGGUGGCGGCUGCCUGGGGUUAUGGGUUGGGCGGAAGCUCGACCCGACCCGCUGCACUAG